GUUGCGACCGUGCUACUGGAAAGAUGCGCACGCUCGCUCUUCCCCGGGGUUACAUUUCCAUACUCUCUUGUAGUGGGUGAGGCGUCGCGACAAACAUUACAAGUUCAUCGACCUUGAAAAUCAGUAUUGACUGACUGACACCACACUGCGGUAUUGCUGUGACAGUUGACUGUCAGAUUUUGGUGCAGUCAAAGUACUCUUUGCUAGAAACAAUUUACAAUCACGUGAUUUUCAAAUAGUACGCAAAGUGCUUUUAAAAAAAGCUGGAAUGCAAAGUGAAGACGACUUUGGACUCGGGUUCUCUAUACCUUCUGGAAUGAAACGUCAUCUGCAUAUGCGCUCCUCAAAUUAGCAGAAGGAAUUCCCUCAAGGACUGACGAGGCAGCCUCGCCCGAGAUACUUAUAAUAAAAAACCCGGUCUCCAAAUGUCUCCAGACGGAAUCCACUGCGGAAACAGUGGUGAUUUCAGAGUUUUAUGAGAACGUGUAGCAGAUACAGAUGACUCGUUGUGUUGGUGGAGAAUCUAACCGAAAAUGAUAGUCGUGAGAAAAACCAAAAUUAUUUCCGUACACCGUCGGUGAUGUUUGGAUUUGCCAUAACCAAGGAUUCAGUGAAGCACCAUAAGAUGAGAUAAAUUGUUAAUUAAAGAAAAUGCUGCUUACUUUUGGCUAGUAAAGCUUUGUAUCCAACAAGAUUACUUGAUUUAAUUAAUGCCCUUUUAAUAAAGAAAAAAGUGAUUAUUAGUGUAAAACUGUAAUUGAGUUACUUCAGCCUGUUCUCUUUUUUGACAAAUAAGGACUAUUUUUAAAUAUGUACACCGCAUUAGUUUUUCUUAUUCUUAUAUGCUGAAAUUAGAAAUAAGUUGUUCUGGUUUCUGUUAGUCAAUAGGAUCUUUACGGAAGGAAUAAUGAAAAUCUGAAAUUUAUUUAAUGAAAAGUAUAAACAUCAAGUGCUUAGAAUAAUCAGUAUUUCACUGUAAUGAAAAUAUCUUAAUUCGAUGUAACACCAAGGUGUGAUUCAUGGAUAUUUCUAAAUACAUCAAACAUUAUGAAUUAACCGUCAUGUUCAAUUUCGCUAAAAUAUUUUAGAUCAGUGUUUGAUGUUACAUGCACAAUUAAGAUUAAUUAAGAAAGGCUUAAAAUUUAAACAUUCUUGCAAACGCAUUAGAAAUAAAAUUAAGGAAAACAUACGGCAUGAAUAUAUUUUAAUGAUUCCAAACUAAGCAGCAUUGAACAGCUCUCUUUUUUUUAUUUAUAUGAGGGAAAAUAUAUUUUGAGGUUAUAUUUCCACUAUAGUGUUUGUUGUGGUCAAAUACAAUGGAAAUCAGAUAGUGCCCAGUGUCACACGAUGGAUUUAUGCCAGCGAACAUUUCAAAAUGAUGUUAAAAAAAUGAUCCACAGUAAACAAGGUUCUGAGAAUGACUUGCGCCGCUUCAACUUUGGUUCGUUUCAGUCAACGCUGAUGACGUCAUGUGUACCUUCUUUUAAAUGUGGACCGUUGAAAAACACGUGUGGAACAACCAGCUUACUUUACAGUAAUGAAAAAAAUGCAUCUCGAAUCAACGAUGGACAAGACGUGGACACCACAAACGGUGGCAGUGCUUGUGUAGACAAUAUUUCAUCCAAUAAAAGAUCAGGAGCGAAAUUAUUCUCAAACUAUACCCAAGGGCAAGUAACAACAGAAAGCCCUAGAAAGCAAGUAAGCUCAUCUUCAGUAACAAGUCUUGACAUUCUCUCUAGUUCUGAUGUAGUUAUCACACAACCAACUUCAAGUGAUCUUUCAUCCUCUCACGAGUUUUCAUCACCAGUUUACAAUAAUACUCAGACCGAGGCUAAGUUGAAUAAUUCUUUUUCUGCUCUUCACUCUCAAGAGCGGGAGACUUUUUCAAGCGACCAAGGAAGUCAGUUAAUCAUAAAGAACAAUUCAAACAAAUUUUUAGGUAACAGUAGUGAACCCCAUAAUGACUAUUCAGAUAUCGACCUCCCAGGAAAAGAUCUUAGUACAUUUACCAGUGAGGAGUCAGUGAAAAAAGGGCCAACAAUUUCGCUUGCAAGUAAAAAAUCCAUUUUUAGUGCAAUCAUGAAGGCAGAUGCCAAUUACUUAAAAAACAAUAUUGAUCAUCAGCAGAUACCUCAAGACUCAAAGAAGAAUAAGGAAUCUCAUGUCAAGACUAAUGACACAUAUGGUUCAUUGCAUUCAGAAAAGAAUUCAGCUCAGUCAUCGGCAACUAGGCAUCUUCCCCAUGAUUCGAAGAAGUCGCCCAACAAAAAGUCAUCUAAGGUGGGCCAUAAUGCCUAUAGUUAUUCCCUGCCUGAUGCCACUCAGAAACUUUUCACCCCGGAAGAUUUGUCUAACGAGGAUAUGCAACCCAAUCCGCCAAAUUCUAAAGUCGAAAUUUACCAGAAUUUUAAUGCCAAGGAGGCAGAAUUUGUCCUCCACAAGCCCAAACGGAAGCCAAGAAAGGUUCCCUUGCCCUCUAGUUUCAUGGUAACUGUAAGUUUAAGUUCAGAGCUUCAGAAGGCUCGUCAUGGUCUGAUUGAGCCUCUGGCCACUGAAGAUGAGGUAGCCCUUCAGGAAGGUACAAAAGAGUUCAUGGAAAACGGCUUUCUUAGUGGUUUUGAGAGUUCGUUCUAUCAUUCUUAUGACUUGAGCCCCUGUGAAGCAGUUAAUUUUGUGUUAGAGAACAGUAUUGACAAUUUUGACAGAGAAGAGUAUGUUCAGUUUAAAAAAGCAAAGGACUCAGACUUAAAAGUGCCUAAUAUCCCUGAGUCGUCAUAUCUUGUACAGUCCCUUAUUAUUAAACCUGAAACUAAACACAUUCAGCUAGGCAUUACAAGAAGUAAAAUGAAGGUCAUUCAUUCUGCAAACAGCGCAGACAGCAAUUUCAAAGACUGUAGUUUAGAAAACAAUACAAAUUCAGUGCCUAACUGCAUAUCUGACAGAUUAUGUAGUGAGCAGGAAAAUGGAAAUAUUUCUCCACCCGGUAUUCGUAGAGUAUGUCAGAAAAACAAAAGAAUGACUGCUGUAGAUGACGAACUAAAAGAAGGUACAGCUGAAAAAUCAAGUGAUUCAUUGGCAGAAGAUAGGAAAAGGGAAAAGAGGUCUAAGAAACUUGAGUUAUCUUCCAGUGAAUCGCUUAAAAGUGCCUCUAAAAGGACUAGUAAUGAUCAGUCAGUAUUGUUAGGAGUUAGUAAUUCAUUUUCAUCCAUAGAUCCCUAUGGUGAGGACAUAAAUUCUUGUAAGAAUUUAAUUAACAUAUCUAGUCCAACAAACCUUGAGACACAUAAAUUAAAGGCAGGUAAUGAACCUAGUGCUAGUGAAAAGACUCGUCAUAAACGAAGCACAAAACUUUAUAAGAAUAUUAAGUACUAUAAAAUCACAAAUCGUGACCAGUCUUCUUUUGAAAACGACUCUAGUGAGAAUUUGACAAAGGGAGAUGAUGUGAAUAAAACAUUUGUUGAAAGUUUUAAGUCGCGUGGAAGACACAGACAUCGUUUGUCUUCAAAUGCCGUGUCAGCAAAACGCGAGAAUCCACUGUACAUAUACAGCAACAAAGAAACACCAAAAACAACGAUGGACAUCUUAGAGGAAGUCCAGUCCCAUCUCAGGGCGCGUCUGGCUUCCUUGGAGGAUCUAGAUGCCCUGGCAGAAACCAUUGCUGAUGGUAAAGAUACCCAGCCCAAAGGGAGGCCUAUGGUACCUUAUAAGCCUCUGGUAGAUCUUGCGUGUUCCUUCACGCCACCGUCAUCCUCAUCUCCCUCCUCAGUGAGGGAUUGGUCUUUUAGCACAGGAGCCACAAGGAAAGACAAGAGAAGACACGGCAGGACCAAGAAACGCGGAAGAAGGGAAUGUGGAGGAGAUGACUCGAACAACGCCUCCAAAACCGUUUAUAAAAGACCGUCGCCAUCUUGGUCCUCCUCGUCCCUCUCAUCCUCUUCAUCCACGUCUUCAUCGUCCUCUUCGUCGUCAUCGGCAGCGGAGUCCUCAUCAUCCUCUUCGUCAUCAUCGUCUGAUUCUUCUUCUUCGUCUUCUUCUUCUUCUUCUUCCAUUGAAUCGUCAGACAUCGAAGAUUCUCUCAUUUAAUUCCUGGUGUUAUUUUUCAUUCUGGUCAUUAGGUGAUUCCAUCAUCAAAUUUCUCGAACUCUACUGCGGCUCUUGAAGAGGAAUUUAACGCUGGAAUUUGUUAAUUACAGGUGUUAGUAGUGAGGGAAUUAUGUUGCACUUUAUUACCCUUGUUGCGACGUUGUGUUUUGUUAAGGAGAAUAUAUUGCAUAAUGGCGUUUCCCGAUUUUAUGAAUGUCUUACGGAGGGCAUAUGAAUAACCUACUUAUGAGAGAGAGAGAGAGAGAGAGAGAGAGAGAGAGAGAGAGAGAGAGAGAGAGAGAGAGGACCGAAUGGGAUUUGUGCUGAAUGCUGCGUUUGUUAAGAGAUCUAUCACAAUUAUUGUAAAAUUAAGAGUAAGUGAUACUACUGUUACCAUUUGCAGGGAUGACUGGUGAUUACUGAUCAAAACAUAAUGUUCAAUUUCUCUGGAGUCUUCAUAUCUAUCCAAAGUCUCUUCAUAUCGGAGAGACACAACUCUAUAGUCUUGAGGAAAUGUUUCAAAUGUUCAUUCAGGAAGUAUUGCUUAAGUAUAGCCGUUAUCGGUAAUCCUACAGUUUAGGUGUCCAAAUUCACUGCAUUACGUAAAGAUUAGUGCACAGAUUUUUCAAAUAUUUAUUGAAUAUGGAAAACAAUGAAAAAAUUAGCAGUUUAUCAGAAGCUCAGAUUGCAGGAAAAAAUAAACAACGACUAAAGCUCUGUACCUCACGGGAAUAGUGUAGUUUUCCCGCAGUGAGGCUUUUUCGCUUACUCGGGGAGUAUGCCUACACACUUCUUUGUUGUAGUUGUUGUUGUUAAUAGGGGGCGGGGUAGGAAAGGUCUAUGGAAAAACUUAAAAAGAUCUAAAAAGGGUGUUUCGCGUUGAAUUAAAGAUACAAGAAUUUUAGGGUAGAAUGUUUAUGAGUUAAUUCCUGAAUGAAAGUGUAAAAAAUAAAGAAUGUGCAUGUUAAACAUUACAGAAAAAUUAUUUCUGGUGAAAUAUAACGUAUUUAUGUUAAUUUUCCUCUGUGAAACAGCACUCUAUUUGACUGAAGACUUUAGCACGUUUUAAUUUAUUUGGUGUACUGAAUUUAGGGGCUAUGUUUCUGUUCAGUUAUUUUGUUUCCACUUAUAACUGAGAAUACAUGAACGUGUUAUUUUGUGUCCUUUUUAUUUCAUCUUUGUUAUUAGUAUGAGCAGUACUAUGCAUGAGUAUUAAUUUCGGGUUAAGUUAGGAAUAUAAUGUUUACAACUAAUGCGUGAGGGGAAAAUCUUGCAUGUGUCCAGAGUAAGCUGGAGGUCGGAUAACACCUUGUUUAUUUUUACAACCUUUGCUACUGUGAGCAGAUAAACUGCUCAUUUUUUCAUUGCUUCCAUGAUUCAAUAAAUAUUUGAUAAAUCUGUGAGCUGAUCUUGAGUUUACGCAAUGCAGUGAAUUUGGACCCCUACACUGUAGGAUUAUCCCGUUAUCUAUCAUUAGUGUAAGAGUUUCAUCCGGUAUUGGAAAUUACGCUCUGCAGAUUCUUCACCUUUCCCUCUGCAUUCGUUCAGUGUAAUAAAAGAUUUUGAUCUUA